ACUACCUGCAGCAGGUAGACUCGGGUUUCCCGCUGCUCUUCAGUCGUGUGGAUUGUUUUUUGCUGCAGACUGAAGAUGAUUCACCUGAGCAGAUGAUCACCUCACCUGGAUCACCGGAAGGGCUUCUGAGUGUUUCGACAGUUGUUUCCCCACCAAGUUGGACGUGUUCAACUUUGUUUCCACGCUUCCUGAAAUGAGCUCCUCCAGCAGCCGCCCACAGAGGAGGAAACACACAGAAGGAACUGAGGCUCACCAGUUAAGGUAAAGGUCAUGUGAUGUCAGGAUGCCUGGAUUCCCAGCGGACCCGCCCUUUUCUGAACUCCACGGUGGUGCCAUCCCAAUCACUGAAGGAAGUGAUGUUGUGCCUGCAGAGGACGUGAGCGACAUGGAGCUGUUUCUGGAUCUGUCGGAGUCUCCGUUCCUUCCCACCUCGUCUCCACUGGAGCUGAAUGGGGAGGAAACGCGGCAAGUGGACGGCAGCUGGAGCCAAGAGGGAGACCUGCAGGGAUGUGGAUCAUUGGAGAGGAGGUGGGUCCUCUGGCAUCAGUUUAUGAAAGAACACGCCCUCCUGGACACCUGGCUGCGAUUGGCUGAGCAGGCUGUCAGUUCUUCCAACCCCACCCACAUUACCUUUGUCACUGCCAAGGAAGAACAGAGGAAGUUUGAGAGGCUGCGGUGCGAGGCGGGAUCUCGGCUCGUCCAGUUAGACAGCCUGACCCGCAGGAACCGAGCGCUGACUCGGCUGUUUCAGGGGUCCAUGCAGGCUCGGCUGCUGGCGUCAACCAGAGAGUGUGGGCAACGAUGGGACAAUGUGAACGCCAAACUGGAAUCCAUCACCAGACAGCUGAAGCUCUUUGUCUCAGAGUGGGAGGGGUUUGAGGCAGAGAGGGACGAGCUUGCUCUCUGGUUGGCUGACCUGGACGUCCGUCUGACCGAGGUGGAUCACCAGACAGGAAACACCUGUGAAAAGCUGCGACGACUCCAGUCCUUCCAGCAGUGUGUGUGCGUUAACUCGGGCCGUGUGAACGCCCUGCUGGGGCGUGGCGAGGCGUUGAUCCAGCGCAGCCAACCGGCUGACGCUCAGCACGUAGAGAGCCGGCUGCUGGAACUGCUGCAGCGCUGCAGCCUCGUCUACAACAACAUCGCACGAACACACACCCGGCUGCUGAGCAUGAGACUGGUAUUUGAGGAUGACUGGAUUCUGUCUCAGGCUUCAGACUCUGGUUGUCCUUCAGAGGGUCUAUUAGAGGAAGAGGGAGCGCUUGAUAAGUCCAACCUGGACCUCCCUGCAAUUUCCAACCAUCCUAAAGAUUUCAGCCAGUCAGCUAACCCCGCCCUCGCCAUCUCCUCAGAUCCGCCUGAACCCAUGCACCUCCCUCCUCCUCCUCCUCCCUCCCCGUCGUCGCCUACCCAUGAGCACCUGGGGCUGGAGUGGGACCCCUCAGUUGACAUCGGACGUUCUGUCUCCCGUGACGACGCAGAUUCGUCGUAUUUCAGUAUCCGCACUGGCCUGUGUCACAGAGACGGUCUGAAGAGGCGGAGCUACCUCAGCUCCCUCGGCUCUCAGUCCGAUAUCAGCAACGACAACCAGGAAGCAGAAUUGAGGGGUUGGACUCUGCUCAGUGGACACCAGUGGGCGACCUCGACUCCUGACGGACAGCACAGCGAGCCAGUCGGCUUUGACGGCAGGCGUGUGAGGGCGUGGCUGGGAGUCCAGAGCCCCGCCACUCCAGCGAGGAGGACUUCCUGUUCCAAAGCUGUGCAGACUGAUGGGGAGGUGAAGGGUUACCUGCACGAAAGCCACAUCGACGCACUCAACCAGCUGCCUCCUCAUCUCAACAACAGCCAACAGCCUCUCCUGGCACCCUCCUCUUCACCGUCACAAGAUCUAAACGCCUUGUCUGAUUGGAUGAAGCACCAAAAUCCAUCAAAUCCUCAGUCUGACCUCCAGCAGCAGGGCCCCUUCCUCUCUGCUCUCCCCGGCCCUCCUCUACGUCCUUCUGGUUGCAGCGCUGGCUCUCCUGGCCUGCCUGAUCUGGGUCAUCCUGGAGCCGCCGUGUCACCGCAGCAGCAGGUUCCCACGUGGCUUCCACCUAGCACUGAGCUACGUCAACGGACCCCCGCCUACAUGAAGACCACCCUCAUGAGUUCGGACAAAGCACUUUCCUCAGGCUCUGCAGAACGGAGGUUUGCAACUCAUCAUGACAAUCUAGACAAUUCGCUCAUUUCAAUUAACCCACAAGCUCGACUCAGACAUCAAAGAUCUCUGCCAGAAAUCUGCAGGGAAUGCAGGAUGAAGACAGAUAAUUAGACCUCGAGUCAAGGUCAGCACUGAGGUCAAACGUGCUUCCGCAACCUCCGAAACAGCAGUUCUGCCCAUUUUCCAAUGUUAAUUUCCAUCAUUAUCCAUGAAGCUAACUACAAAUUAGCUCCUGUACGGGUUAAACUCGGGCAGCUUUAUUGUUCUAGGGAUGUAACUGUCAACGAUAGGCAUCAGUUAAUGGUUUUAACCACAGCUGUUACUAUUUUUCUCCCGACAGUUAAGAAGAAGCACGAGUGAAAUGUCCUGAAAGGUCUGAGUGUCACUGAAAAAGGGGGGGAAAGAUGUUUUUUUCUUAAAACAUAAAUGUUUGGCCAGUAAAGUGAGACCAUCCCAGCAUGUUUCUGUGCUGUUUACAUCAUUUCAAAAAAGAAGAAAAAAAGAGGCAGCAUCAAGAAAGAAUUCUUUGAUUGCAUUGGACACAUCUGAAAUAAUGUUCAUCCUUGACCUAUUUAUUAAUUAGUCAUUUGAAGUGGAAACUAGAGUCCUGAUGGCAGCUGGUAACAGUCGAUGGUACAUUGUGAUAAAAUCAGCCAUUUGCUUAACAUUUUUAAACUCCUGAAAGCUGGAAAAAAGACUAUGAUUCAAGAAAAAAAAACACUCGGUCACUGAUCAUGAUGUAUACAAUAAGCUCCUUUUCUUUUUUUCACUCCACACCCGGUACCUUGCUCCUGUCAAUUCCAGCUUUCAUUCUGCGUGUAGUUCUUUCCUAUAAUCCUCAUGUCCAUUAAACACAGUAUGUAACACACAA